AUGAUUGCUUUGGUUUGUUUUAUUGUUGCUGCUUGUUGUAAGUUUUUUAAAAUUAAAAAAUGUUGUUUCAAGACUAUUUUCGUGUAUUUACUUUAACAUUUGCGGCAUUUUUGGUUUUUCAUAGUAAAGUUAUUAGUUUACCUACUAUAACAUCAUUUUUAAUGUUUUAUCUAAAAUCCGGUGGCUUUAUAGAUGUAAAUUAUAAUUUACUUUAACAAUAUUGAUCUAAACCUUUUCUCAAUGAUAAUUUUUAGCUGUAUACGCAAAUGACGUUCGUCUUCGUGCCAAACGUGACUGGUUCGACAACAUCAAAGAAACUGCUUCACAAGUUGGAGACGCUGUUGGCAAAGCCGGAGAAUCAGUUUACAAUGGAGCCAAGGACUUUGCUGAUCGCCCAGGAGAACAUCUUCGUAUGUUUUUUUUCGUAUUUUAGCGUGUUUUUACGGAAAAGUUUAGUAAAUUUGGGGGUUUUGAAAUUAAAGAAAGUAUUUUGGUUAGAUUACGUAUUUUACUUUACAUUUUUAUAAUAUUAACGUAAGUAUAGCUCAGAAAUCAGUAAGAUUUGUGUGACAUAAAGCCUAAAGCAAGUAGAAAGGUAUAAACUUACUUUAAAAACUUAUAGAAAGCGCUGGAAAGGCGAUUGAAGACGGCGCAGCAAAAGCUGGUGAUUUUGCUGUAGAUGCCGGUAAAUCGGCUUACACUGCCACCAAAGAUCUUGUGGAACAUCCACAAGACAAUCUCGGUAAUUUGAGCUAAACAAAAGCUUAAAUUCUUUGGUUUUCUUUAGUUAUCAUAGGUUGUGUAAAAAAUUUUGGUCUAGGCUCAAAACUUUUUACACAACUUAUUAUAUUGUUCGAAUAAUUCUGUGCCUCUCUCAAAGCAAAUUUUGUAGGUGAAGGGGUACAGAAUUAUAUAAACAAUGUUAUAAUAAAAAUGUUUUAUUUUAAGUAUGCUUAUUUUGUUUUUGAAUUGGCUAUGGUAUUUUAGUUUAUCUUUGAUAGGGUAGGGGUCUGUGAUGGUGAUCUAAACUGGUUGGUCGGUUUGCUCUGAUUUUGGCGGCCGAAACGUAGUUUAGGCAUUAAUAUUUUUCAUUUAUUUUAUCUUUUUUUUAUAUUGUACUAUAUGGUACAGCUUUGUUAUGUUAACUUUAUGUUAUCAUUUAAGUUUUUACAUUAUCAGUUCAUACUUCUAGAUCUAAUAUGUCAAUAUAAAAUUACAUUUUUUCAGAAAAAGCCGGAGAAUCAAUUAGCCAAGGAGCUCAGGACGCAGCCAACUGGACUGGCGAGCAAGCUCAAAAGGGAUACAAGGCUGGCAAGGACUUUGUCAACAACGAGGGUAUGGUUAAGGCGUCGGCGGGUGUGGAUAAGAUGUUUUUGAUGUUUAACGUCAUUUCUCUUGUCUUUAUCACUUACUUCUUGGCUUAAGUGGUCUCGUUUUAUACUUAUUGGCCUAGGCGGGUUAUUACCUAUUUUUGGUUUAACAAGGCCUACCAGUAAGAUGUUGUGUUACCUACUUUUUGUUCAAGGGAGUUAUAACUUCCUAAAGUCAAUCUUUAGCCUUCCCUAUCUUGUACAAAGUUCAGUAUUAUCAUUUUAAGGUUAACUAGUAUUCUCAUCGUAUUUCAACGACUUUCUUGUGUAAUAAGGUCUAUUUUAAGUAAAAAUUAGUCGAAAUUCUAGCAAAAAGUGUUAUUUUUGUUAACAAUGCAAUCUUAUUACUACUUGAAAGACCUGAAGGGUUUUUAGUGGUCUUUAAUUAUUUGUUAUAGGUAUAUGUUUCUUAUUUACAAUAGUAAAUGUUUUUUAAAUCUCCUGUCUCUAGAUAUUGUCUUGAUGAUAUAUUUUUAACUGUAAACUCUGUAUUUUAUGACGUUUUAACUUAUGUGUACUGCUUUACAUUACUCUACUUCUUUUUUACAUGUUUUUGAUACUAAUAAACUCGUGUUACUGUAAUUGUUACUGUGCUGUUAUGUGGAUUGUUAUACUUGUGUUAAUACGUUUAUAUGUUCGCGUUUCAGUUUAAGCAGUGAUGCAAAUAAAAAUUCAGUCUAGUUUCCAAAAUAUGUAGUUUAGAUUGGUAUUUGUACCUUAAGGAAAAGUAACGUUGAAUUUUAAAUAAACUGUGGUGUUACUAGGGUUGUCCAAGUGAAUUUAUUUCCGUAGUGCUGAAUCUUCUCGCAUUCUAUCGCUUUGCUUCUUCAGAAAACCAAGAAGCCUUCAAUAAGGCGGUAGACAACACCACGGACUUCUUUAAAGACAUGUGGAGUCAGUUCAGUAAGUUUUGUCCGUGCUAAUUGGCUAGAUAUGUCUCGUUUAUACCUAAUUUUACAAAAAAAACUUUAAUUUUAUUUUUGGUUAAAAAACUUUUAAGAAAAUUAAAAAUUUCUUUUUACUACCACUGUUUGUUUGCUUCAACCUUUUUGGCUUUUUUUACUAUACCUUUGCUUCAGAAGUCUCAGUCGACAAAAUCUUUUCCUCUUCCGAACAACAACCAUAUGGUGCUACGCAUGAAGGUACGCUACCUCAAAAUGAAUACGCUACUAUUAACUACUAAAUGUUUAGAAGUCAGCAUCUUUACUCUGUAA